UGCUCACACUUUACCUUGUCUCUCUCCUAAUCUCUCAGCCUCUAACAAAACCCACCACUCCUUUUUUUUCUUAUUCAUACCAAAACCAAUCAUUCACUAAAACCAUUAUUGAAAAUUUUGCAUUCUCAUUCCCCACACUCAUCCACCCAAAUCCAAUAAUUAAUAUUAAUCUUUUUGCUUUUGUAUUGGAAACGCUUUCUUCUUCUUCUUCUUCUUUUUCUUCUUCUUCUUAAUUACUUAUUCUUUAUUCAACCUACAUAAGCAUACAAUUCUCUACAGAUCCAACUUCACUGCUCUACAUUUCUUUUCUCUCUGCCCCAAUAUUUUCCUGGAAAAAUAUAUAGAAGAAUCUAGCAGAGUACUGCAUAACCCAGUAAUGGAUUCUCAUGUAAAACCGAAACAGCUGGAACUGUAAUUUCUCUCGCUUUCAACUUCUUCUUCUUCUUGGAGUUGUAGAGUCGCUUCGCUGCAGCAUUGCGUGAUGGAGGACAGGGAGGCACAAGUGCUGACAGGUUUGCCAAUGGAUGAACGGCUGAUGAGAUUUAUUAACAAAGAAUGGAAGGACGUGGAAAAGCGUUUCGAACAGCUGGCUUCUGCCGGAAAUGGGCCUGAACCGGUGGUGAAGUGGUCGGAUUUCGGUUUUUGUAUAGGAAUGCAACAAUCUCCAGAAUUUGCUAAAGAGGUCUUAAUGGCAAUAAGAGGAAGAGGAAGAGAAUUUAAACUUGAUAUCACAAGAAGAGAACUCCAUAGUUACUGGCAUCGGUUGACUGAUCCCUGUUUCCAUUCAAGAGUGAAAAUUUUCUUUGACAUGUGCGAUAGAAAUGGGGAUGGAAAAAUUAAUGAUAUGGACAUCAAGCAGGCAAUUUUGCUAACUGCUUCAGCAAAUAAAUUGUCUCUGUCACAUGAGGAAGCACAUGAAUGUGCUGCUUUAAUUAUGGAAGCUCUUGACGCUGAAGAGAGGGGCUUUAUUGAGCCACCUCAACUAGAAACUCUGUUCAAAGCAAGCUUAUCAUCACCACCACCUCCAUAUCAUCAAAACAAUUAUGAAAAUGAUCCAAGAGGCAAAACUAGGUCGAGGCUUGAAAUCCUGUUUCGAUCUUAUUGGAAACGAGCGUGGAUAACUGUGUUGUGGUUGGUGAUUUGCUUUUCAUUAUUCACAUGGAAGUUCAUCCAAUACAGGCAUAGAGCAGCUUUUGAAGUGAUGGGUUAUUGCCUUUGUACAGCCAAAGGAGCAGCUGAAACCUUGAAAUUUAAUAUGGCUCUAAUUCUUCUCCCUGUUUGUCGAAAUACCAUUACUUGGCUUCGCAGGAAGCCAACUUUCAAUUCUUUUGUACCUUUCAAUGAUAAUAUCAACUUCCACAAGGUAAUUGCAGGGGGCAUAGUGGUAGGUGUGAUACUCCAUGGAGCAACCCAUCUUGCUUGUGAUUUCCCAAGAAUUAGUGGUUCAAACCGGUCAAUUUUCUGGCAAACAAUAGCAGUCCGAUUUGGGUAUCAUCAGCCAUCAUAUAUUCAAAUUUUAGCCACAACAGAGGUGGCUACUGGAAUUGCCAUGGUAAUGCUAAUGACAGUUGCAUUUUUGCUAGCAACAAAAUGGCCUCGCCGGCAUUCUCCUUCUCUGCCUAGGUCCAUACGACAUGUCACCGGAUAUAACACUUUCUGGUACUCUCACCACUUGCUCAUUCUUGUCUAUGCCUUGCUCAUUGUUCACUCCAUGUUCCUCUUCCUAACUGACAAUGUAACUGAAAAAACGACAUGGAUGUACGUUGCCUUUCCGGUUAUGCUAUAUGCCGCCGAACGUUUUGUUCGAGCACUAAGAUCAGGGUUUUUUGAUGCAAAAAUUAUCAAGGCAAGUAUUCAUCCAGGGAAAGUUUUAUCCCUCAAGCUGCACAAACCAGAAGGUUUCAAGCACAAGAGUGGGAUGUAUAUCUUCAUACAAUGUCCUCAGAUUUCUUUAUUUCAAUGGCACCCUUUUUCGUUAACUUCAGGACCAGAGGAUGAUCACUUAAGUGUUCAUAUCAGAACUCUAGGAGACUGGAGUUAUCAAAUAUACAGUCUCUUCCAGGAGGCAAUACUAUCUGCGGUGAAGGAAUAUCCAAAAAUAUACAUUGAUGGACCCUAUGGUGCUGCUUCCCAAGAUCAUGUCAAGUAUGAUGUAGUCAUGCUAAUUGGACUUGGCAUAGGAGCCACACCUUUCAUUAGCAUCCUCAAGGAUGUUGCAAAUGGUCUCCACCAAAAGGCCAAUUGUAGAGAAUGCAACAUCGCAAGAGGCCCUUUAAAAGCUUAUUUUUAUUGGGUUACAAGGGAACAAAGCUCCUUUGAUUGGUUUAGGGAUAUCUUGUGGGAAAUAUCAAAAACAAACCAAAAGCAGUCUAUCAUAGAAAUGCACAACUUUUUAACCAGUGUUUAUCAAGAAGGGGAUGCAAGAUCUGCUUUGAUAAGUGCUAUACAAGCAUUGUAUCAUGCCAAGAAAGGCAUUGAUAUUGUUUCUUGGAAUCAGGCACGUACGCAAUUUGGUCGCCCAAAUUGGUUCAAUAUUUUCUCCAAAUUGGCUGCAAGGCACAGAGGAGAACGAAUUGGAGUAUUCUACUGCGGCCCAUCAACACUUGCAAAGGAGUUGGAGACGUUGUGCAUCAAAUUCUCAACCAAAUCAACUACUAGAUUUGUAUUUCACAAGGAGAACUAUUAGAUGUGCAGUGUAUUAGUCUUGUAUAGAUUCCAAUAAGAAUGGGAAAUGAGCAAUUAUUUUAUAUAUAAUAAAACAAUCAAAUGUAUUGUUUUUUUGUUUA